AUGACGGACAUUUGGGCAGAAGGCUUCACCUCGGCGCAGUCGGCGCUGAAGGAGGAGCGCUUCUUCGAUGGGGUGCAGUUCAUCAACUCCUGCAUGGAGGCGUACGCCAAGGUGGUGGGGGACGAAUCCGACCGCAUCGUCAAGGACCCGGGCGCCUUUGUGGAGGAGCACCUGGCGAAGCUGAGCGAGGAGCAGAAGGAUGUGCUCCGCCAGAUGUACGAGGUGCGUGGGGACAUCAUCACGGGAUUGGGUGCCAACAAGCGGGCGGCUGUGGACUACCAGUGUGCCCAGGCGCUUGGGGCGGUGGGCGCGGACGUGAAGGUGGCCUCUGCGCAGGCGGCCAUGAAGGAGAAGAAGGGCGGCGGCAAGGUCCCGGUGACAGUGCUCACAGGCUUCUUAGGCAGCGGGAAGACCACUCUGUUGAACCGCAUCUUGAAGGAGUUUCAUGGCAAGCGCAUCGGCAUCAUUGAGAACGAGUUCGGUGAGGUUGGCAUCGACGAUAGCCUCAUCGAAGCAGGUCCGCUGACCACAGAGGAGAACAUCAUCGAGAUGAACAACGGCUGCAUUUGCUGCACCGUGCGCGGGGACCUCAUCGCCGGGCUCAAGAAGAUGGUGAAGAACUCCAUCAAGAACGACAAGCCCCUGGACGGCGUCAUCAUCGAGACCACCGGCCUGGCGGAUCCCGCGCCGGUGGCCCAGACCUUUUUCGCGGACGACUACGUGCAGCAGAAGCUGUUCCUGGACGGCAUCGUCACCCUGGUGGACGCGAAGCACCUCAUCAUGCACCUGGACGAGGAGAAGCCGGAGGGAGUGGAGAACGAGGCUGUGGAGCAGGUCGCCUUUGCCGACCGGAUCGUUCUCAACAAGUGCGAUCUCGUGGACGAGGCGCACCUGGAGGAGGUCGAGAAGCGCAUCCGGAUGAUCAACGAGUCGGUGAAGAUCACGAGAACGUCCCAGAGCAAGGUGGACAUGGACUUCAUCCUGGGGAUCGAGGCCUUCAACUUGGACAAGAUCCUGGAGAUGGAUGAUGCCUUCUUGGCGGACGACCAGGAGCAUCAGCAUGACGACCGCGUCACCUCCUGUGGCAUCCACGUGAAGGGCGAGGUUCACCAGCAGAGGCUCAACGAGUGGCUGGCCUGGCUCCUGAAAGAGCGUGGCGUGGACCUCUUCCGCACGAAGGGGGUCUUGGCCGUGCAGGGCAUGAAGGAGAAGUUCGUGUUCCAGGCGCCUGGGGGUGGCCGCUCGUUUUUUCUUUUUGGGGGGGGGACAGGGGGAUUCGGGGCUGGGUGGGUUGGGUUUGGGCAGGUCGGGGGAUUUGGUUUCCCUCAACCAACAUAA